AUGCAAAGCAUUGCCAACUAUAGCGAUGUUGAGAAGUUGCUCAUCACGCUUCGCGACACUCCCGUCGACAGCAAUGGUACCUCUGACGCUGUGCUAGGCCGAAUACAUUCAUAUUUAAUGGAUGUUACCAACGUUGCACCAGACGAUAUUCACUGGUUUUGUGAACGUGCAAAUACCACGACAGUGGCGGCUGCCACAUUUCUGCUUCGACUCUUCGCGUAUACUAGCCGUGAAGUGGACACAUGGAAGGAAAAACUGCAUGCCUGUUUGUCGUCUUGUUGUAGUUGCGUCCAGAAACUCGAAGAGGCAAAGGUAUCUUCCAGACAAACAUACUUCGGUGCGUUCGAACACGCGACGGUGCAGGCGUUCUUCGAAAGUUUUGAGGGAUGGGAGCUCAAGAUGGUCACGGCGGACCUCUCGGCGAUCAGUCUUACUUCAAGCAAGGGCCUGCCAAAUGCUCUUGCGCCACUCUUCUAUCGCAUAGCAUCAAACUGGACGAUAUUUACCGACCCCAACGCGUUUUCCAUUCUUCGUCAGCUCGCACUGUCUGGGUACGCCGGUGAUUGGCCAAAGGACUAUCUUGCCCCGGGACUAUUCAUCCUAUUGAUGGAUUCCAAUGACAAAAUACGUCAAUGGGCGCAAAAUCAUGCCGCUAGGUACUUUACACCGAUGCCGAAUGGUAAAUUUACUGGAGCAUAUAUUAACGUCUUGGAAGUCAUUGGGCGCGCUAUGCAAAUGCCGAAAGACAGUCUUGCAACCCAUUUAGUGGCGCAAUCGCCAGAGCUGGCUCCGUUUUCUUUUACGCCAGAUCUUCUUCAGUUAUGGACUGGAUUUCGGCUGUUUCUGCGUUUUGUCCCUAUUGAAAGGCUAAAAUCCUCACAUCAACAAAUUAGUCUCUGGCGUAUCGUGUCAGGACACUUACACGAUAACGGCCCGCAGUUUGAAGAAGUGUUGCGCUCCUUACUCCUCGUCCUUAAACGCAUGGAAAGCACAUUCUGGACUGGCGAAGGGCCAGAAUACCCUCAGAUUGUUUUCGAUGCUAUCAAGGAUAACCCUUCAUUUUCUCAUCUCCUACAACGGAUAGACAAUUCUGGGGAACGACCGUGGUUUAUUGCCUGGUUUGCAGAGUACUUGCAUACCAUUCGUGAUCUUGAUACAUAUGGAGAGGUCUUUGCAAAGAUCGUUGACUUUCUGUGUGAGGAGGUACAACAUGAGCGGUUCCAGGAUGCCCGCCCUGUCAUCAUGGAUUCUGUACUUUGUUUAUUAUCGUCAGUCUUUCACAAAUUUCAAAGCGACAAAAGCUUUCGGCAUCGUCGUGCGGUGUUGGAUACACUGGACAUUCAUUCAGGAGUUAUAGUUGGUGUGGCAUACAGCCCUGACUACAAUAGCGAAAAAUGGAAGAAACUUCGCAUGUCGGCCCGCACCCUUGUUACAUCAGCACUCGUCUCCGAUAUUCAGGAUAUAUCUACCGCCAUCUCUGGACUGUGUCUUCUUCUCGCUCAGAAAAAGGGUGGGAAAAUUGCAGAGGGUCGUACGGAUGGUACUGAAAAACUAGGAUUAUCGAUCCGUAAACCAGUGUGGUCACAGCUAUUUUCUUCGAUCCAGACGCGGGAUACCUCCGGGAUUGCAAGCAUCAUUUGCAUCGUCGCAAAAUCAGCUCAUUUAGACGUUGUCAACAAGUCCACUUUCAAGGAUAUCUUAAAAAUGUCGAAAGAUGAAGAGCAUCAGUCUGUCGAACGGGCGUUGGAUGAGGUCAAUACGUCCUUGAAAAUUACUCAUGACGGAUUCUUGCAUGCUAUAUCCAGGUUCGCAGACUAUGGUAUCUCGUCGUCUGCUCUCGAGGUUUUACUAUGUCCUGGAGUUGGAAAGGCAGUUACUCUGCUUCUACUGUCACCAAUCGCGGAUUUUCAAGUGGCUGCACAGACUUUGGUUGGGCUUGCGUUUGAUGUUGAUAUCCGCCUUGACUGCUUCCGAGCUCUCUUAGAGAACAUCCCCGACGUUACUUUCGAUGGAAUAACUGAAUUCCUUUCCAUUUUUCGAGAGUACGCCAUUAAGGUACCGGAGGCUUGCAGCCUCUCGCAAUCUCUUGUUCGGUGCUUUACGGAUAUUAUUGAGGCGUUAUGCGCGAGCCCGAAUGGUUUGCUCCUAAACGUGCACUUUUUGCGCCCCACGGACGGAGAAGGCCCAGCAUCUCGAAUACCUCAACUUUGGCAUCUCAUGACGAAGGCAUUGACAGUGAUAUUCAAGCGCACACCGAACUGGUCUGUCUAUUUUGAAAAUCAAGACAUGAUUGUGUGGAUGAGAGAUGCACUUAUCUUUGGGCGAGAUAUGCUGAGCCAAUGGCGGGUCAUUGAGAACGCUACCCUUUCUUCUCAGCAAGCACUUACGAAUCAGCGAUUAUCUGGAAAACCCUCCAAAGUUGGCGAAAGGAUGGUCAAUGACUUGCAAGACGUUUUGACGGAGUUGGCUAGGUGGCUGCGUCUGACAGACGAGGAGUUACUCCACCAGUCCUUCUCGCUGCUACAGAGCCUUCUGGAGAUCUUCAAGGAAACUCAGAUUCAGCCGUCGGAAACUGCACUACAAAAACUCUCCAAACAUGUGAGUGAUGCCCGAAAGGACACUAACAAGUCCAAAAGUCGACUUGACUCGACAAGAUUGUCCAAACUGGAAGAUACUCUCGCCUCGUUUGAAGAUGAAGUGGAGAUCAUAUCUCACACAUUAGCGCCAAAGUUUCAGCUUCGCGGCGAAAAAGAGGUGCCGAAGCCACGGGCACCGGAAACGCGGGCAAUUGAAAAGUCUCGUCCAAGCAAGGACGUUCGUCGGGAGACGAAAACGCCGGUCCUUGAUGCUGCCCCUUCAAAGGCGUCAAGCUCAAAGUUCUGGAGUGACAAGGAUCCAGAACGGCGGGGCUCGGAUGUUUCUCACCUUACAUCUCGGGGAACGUCGAACAAACAAUCCGCGCUUUCCAGACCCUCCGCCUGGCCUCAGUCCAAACACGCCAGCACUGAACCCAGAAACGAGGCCCUUUCUGCAGUUGCUGGUUCAGAGUCAGAUUCUAGCGGGAGCGACAGCGAGGAGGGCGAUGUUCCUGGUGUUGGGUUAGCCGCCUUGGGACGAUUCCCAAAGUCACCCAAGGUUCGAUCGAAACAACCAGAACGCAGGCAAAUCAAGACGUUGGAAAUACCCACUCAGAAAAGCGCUAUCCAAGAGAGGCUUAAUCGAAAUAAAGUUGGGGCAAACUUGGCAUACCGUCUGAAACCGGAUAUUUCUGGUCUCCAUAGGGUCAUCUUAUCAUGGAAUUACGAUUGUGAUGGUCCCUCACCGCCGGGCGAAAACAUCAAGCCUUUGAAUGUCCCAGUUGAAUUUCAGGAUUACAGUCACUACCGCCGGGUUUACGAACCAUUAUUGCUCAUGGAAUGUUGGGCGCAACUCAUGCAGUCCAAAGAUGAACCUCAAGAUAUUUACCAGUGCAAAAUUACUUCAAGAAAGUUUUCCAGCGAUUGGAUGGAUAUUGAUCUAUCUCUCUUAGGAGAUGUUAAAAAGGAUUGGUAUUUGGCAGAGACAGAUAUUGUUCUGCUUCGGUCCUCAGAGCUUAAGAAAUCCAUCCUUGCCAAAACAUUGUCUUACACAACGUCACAAGGUGGAAUUCUGAUCGUUGUCCGCUGUUUUAUCCAAGCCGGAAGUUUAGAUCCAGGCCUCCAGAUCAGCUCAGUUUGGAGAAUUAGUAAGGUUUUCAGCCUCAGUACCCUCCAUCGAGAAUAUGGGGCCUUGCUGUCACUACCACAUUAUGAUUACUGUGAUGUUAUUUUGCGACCCCGCCUCGAGGCCAAAGUUAACAAGGUGGACCAAAAAGAAUUACAGCGGACCAUGACCGCCUACAAUGUCAACGAGCCUCAGGCUGCGGCCAUAAUAAGCUCAAUGGAGGCGGAAGGCUUCUCCCUCAUUCAAGGCCCCCCAGGGACUGGCAAGACUUCCACUAUUUGUGGGCUUGUGGCACGGUUUGUUUCUCGACGACAGCGACCGAGUGUGCCUAUUGUCAUCGGUCGGAACGCUCCACCUGCCGAAAAGCCAUCCGUUGCUAAAAUUCUCAUUUGUGCGCCAAGUAACGCAGCAAUUGACGAAAUAGCUCACAGGUUGAAAGGCGGUUAUAGUGGCUCAAUUAAAGGACAAGGGAGUUUGAGAGUUGUCCGAAUAGGUGCUGUGCAAUCAAUGAACCUGAGCGUUCGAGAUAUCUCUCUCGAUUCUCUCGUUGAACAAAAAUUGGAUUAUAGCUCAACUCCUUUGGCAGAAAUCGGGAACGAGAUCAAAUCUUUGCACCGCGACAUCGCCGCCCUAAAGGAUCUACGACAACAAAAAUUACAGGAUCUGGUAGCCGUUCGCGACAACAGUGCGAGAACAAAAACGCUUGAGAGCGAAGUCCAGAACCUAGGGUCGAAACGACAAGAUUUGGUAACCCAGUUAAAUCAGAAGAAGGAUAAGCUCAAAUCCGACACGCGUUCACUUGAUACACUGCGGCGCGGCAUCCAGCGUGAUAUCCUUAACGAAGCAGACGUGGUCUGCAGCACCUUAUCUGGUGCCGGGCAUGACACUUUGGCGCAGCACGAUUUCGAAAUGCUCAUUAUCGAUGAAGCUGCCCAAGCGAUUGAGCUCAGUUCACUUAUACCUUUGAAGUACAACUCUGCUCGGUGUGUAUUGGUUGGAGAUCCACAACAACUUCCCCCCACCGUCUUGUCGCAGGAGGCAUGUCGUUAUAGUUACAACCAAUCACUCUUUGUACGGCUUCAAAAGCGGUGCCCAAACGCUGUCCAUCUUUUAAGUAUACAGUAUCGUAUGCAUCCCGACAUUAGUCGAUUUCCAAGCCGCGUUUUCUAUGAAAGUAAGAUUCAAGAUGGACCCCGCAUGGACGAGGUGACGAAGCAGCCGUGGCAUACCCACGUUAAGUUCGGUACAUACAAAUUUUUCAACGUUUCGCAAGGCGUAGAAGAGCAAAGUGGAAGGUCAAUCAAGAACUUGGCGGAAUGCCAGGUUGCUGUUGCACUUUACAAUCGUCUUUGUCAAGAGUACAAAGCUUUCAACUUUGACUCUCGGGUAGGUGUGGUGUCGAUGUACAGGGCUCAGAUAGUGGAGCUGCGCCGUCAUUUUGAAAAACGCUUCGGAAAAGAUAUCAUUGGGCGAAUCGAUUUCAACACGGUGGAUGGCUUCCAAGGACAAGAGAAGGAUGUCAUUAUUCUUUCAUGCGUUAGAUCGGGACCUGGGCUUCAAUCAGUUGGCUUCUUGUCAGAUGUUCGCAGAAUGAAUGUUGCAUUAACACGUGCAAAAUCUUCUCUUUUUAUUCUUGGGAACGCGCCAACGUUGGAACGCAGUAACGACACAUGGCGGGAGAUUGUGGUGGACGCGCGAUCAAGAUUGGCCCUCUUACAAGUAGACACAACGUUCUUCACCAGCACAUCCUGCUCACCAAAGUCAACCGAACCACCAAAGAAGAAACCAAGGAUAUCAUCUGCUUCGACGACUGCUGCUACCGUACCCAUUGAUCUUGCGACCCCUCGAGGGCUCAAGGCAGCAUCAAAUAGAAACGUGUCGUCUCCGAUGACGGUGUCAAAACCGGAUGGUCCUACUACAUCCAGCACACAUGUUGAGUUGGAACAGUCGAUUGGCAUCAAACGACCAGCCGAACAGGAGGAAAUUCCGCCAACUGGUCUUGCAGGUUCUUCGCACGAGCCAGCUCCAGCCAGGGCCCGACCACCUCCUGCUAAACGUCCCAAACAGCAACCCAGCAUAUUUAUACCAGCCAAGAAGAAGCCAAGACCCUAG